AUGAGUGCAAGAAAACGGGUGUCCACCAUUUUCAACCAUCAAAUCCCUCAGACAAUCAGGAACUCGCUUCAUUGGCUACAAACCGAAGCAACCCAUUUGAGCCCGCCAUUUUUACCGAAACCCCCUUCAUAUCUGGCUACCAACAUCAUCAAAUCGUACUUUGAAAAUGGCCAAAUACAAGAAGCACAGAUAUUGUUCGAUGAAAUGCCGAGGAAAGAUGUAGUUGCAUGGACGGCCAUGAUUUCCGGUUAUAAUUCCUGUAGCUUUCACAAGCGUGCAUGGAGUUUGUUUUGUGCCAUGAUGAGGGACUGUAGAGGCGUGGUACCUAAUGAGUAUACGUUUUCUAGCACGCUGAAGGCUUGUAAAGGCAUGAAAUCGCAGUUUUGUGGCUCUUUGGUUCAUGGUUUGGCCAUCAAAUAUGCCAUGCCUGGAUGCAUUUACGUGGAUAAUGUACUUCUGGACUUGUAUGCAACUUGUUGUGGGAAUAUGGAUGCGGCAAGCGUGUUGUUUGGGGAAAUUGGCACAAAGAAUGCUGUGUCAUGGACAACAUUGAUUGCUGGAUACACUCAUCAGGAUGAUGGUUAUGGUGCACUUCAAGUUUUUAGGCAAAUGCUACUGGCAGGAGAGGAGCUGAAUCCGUAUUGCAUUUCAAUUGCAGCUAGGGCUUGUACCUCAAUCGGCUCAUAUAUGCACAGCAAGCAAAUCCAUGCAAUAGUGGUCAAGAAUGGGUUCGAAUCCAAUACACCUGUAAUGAAUGCCAUCAUGGACAUGUACUGUAGAUGUGGUAGUUUAGGCGAGGCAGAUGUCUGUUUCCAUGUAAUGACUCAGAAAGAUUUGAUAACAUGGAAUACUUUAAUUGCUGGAUAUGAGAAGUCUUAUCCUAACAAGUCACUCAAAAUAUACUCCCGAAUGGAAUUAGAAGGUAUUAGUCCCAACUGCUUCACAUUUACCAGCAUUUUGGCUGCUGUAGCUAAUUUGGCAGUCUUGAGCUUUGGAGAACAGGUUCAUGGAUUAAUUGUUAAAAGAGGCCUUGAAGGAAACUUAGAACUGGAUAAUGCUCUGAUAGAUAUGUAUGCAAAGUGUGGCAACAUCAUGGAUUCUCGUAAAACUUUUGAUCGGAUGCCUUCUAAAAAUCUUGUUUCUUGGACCUCUAUGAUGAUAGGAUACGGCAGCCAUGGUUAUGGAAAGGAAGCUGUUGAUUUGUUUGAUGAGAUGGUGAAGUCUGGGAUUAUGCCUGAUCGGAUUGUUUUUAUGGCAGUUGUGGGUGCUUGUAGCCAUGCUGGUCUAGUAGAAGAAGGUUUAAGGUACUUUACAUCAAUGGUUCAUGACUACAAUAUCAAGCCAGAGCAGGAGAUUUAUGGUUGUGUGGUAGAUUUGCUAGGACGUGCAGGGAGGGUUGAGGAGGCUUAUGAGCUAAUCAAAAGUAUGCCUUUUCUGCCUGAUGAAACUGUUUGGGCUGUAUUUCUUGGAGCUUGUAAAAUGCAUAAACGUCCAGAAUUGGGAAAAUUAGCAGUAAGUAGAGUGUUGGAACUGCGGCCAGGUAUUGCAGGGACUUACAUCACGUUAUCAAACCUCUGUGCUGCUGAUGGAAACUGGAGAGAGUUUGCAGCAGCUAGGAAAUUAAUGAGAAGACUGGGGAACAAGAAAGAGACAGGGAGAAGCUGGGUUGAACUGCAGAAUGAAAUUUAUUGUUUUGUUGCUGGAGAUAAGGUGGGUUCUCAUAUGGAAUGGGUUUACAGGGUUCUAGAAAAGCUGCUACAGCAUAUGAAGGAUGCUGGAUACUUUCCUGAAUUAGAUUAUUUUCUACAUGAUUUAGAAGAUGGGACGUGAUGGUUGCAAUUUGGAAAAGCCAUGGAGGAUCGUGAUGUAACUGUGACAAAAAUCCUUUGAUGAGGCAUGAAAUAGUAAGAGCAUAGCUAAGAGAAAGCCUUAAUGUUCAAGGGAAAUAACUUAUCAGCAGGAAUCAGUUGUGAUCUGACGAGCAUUACAGGCAAACAGCAUUUUCCCUACUCCUCAAGAUAUUCGAAUGAAAAGAAGAAUGGCCAACAGAUGGAACCGUCAGUUUUCUACCGUUUGACAGACGAGAGUUGCUAAAAGCUUUACAAAAGAAGCUCCAUCUUCACGGGAGAUUAAAUAUAUCAGCAGGAUUCUGGAAGUUCUCACAAGGAUUAAUUGAAAAGGGAGAUGUUUCCUACCACUCCCUGCGAAAUUCUAAGAAACACAACAUAAUCUUAGAUGGAUCGAUCAUUGUUCUACCCCAGAUGCCCGUUUGUAUCAUCUUCACAUAACAAAUUGACAAUAAUCACUUUUAAUUAUUCAUCUGUACACUGGUUUAUAUUUCGAGAUAAAAGCUUGUAUUGUUCUUGGA